GUCCCUUGUGGCUCUUGGCGAAAUGACUGAAAAUCGGUGAACAUUCACUUGGAUAUCAUGUUUGAAUUUUUUUACUAUUAUUUUUAAAUUCCGUUCAUACACCUUUGUCUACUUUGAUAUAAGUUUUUGUCUAUCCAUUUUUACUUUGCAUGGAACUGGGAAGUGUGGCAACUUGACGUGAUUGAUUGACUACUGUAUGAGGUUCCACGUAGUUUUUGUGUCUGUCAUUUUAAUGAAACAAUGGAUUGGUAAUUCAUUUCUUUGUUUAGGGCUAUUUCGUUUGUAUUGAGCGUACUAAGUGAUCUCAAAUUUGAAAUAUUAUAAUAGUGGAUUUCUGUUCAAUAUUUUGUGUGUGUAGGGUACUAGACGCCGUUCAAAUAUUCAUUUUGUUUUCGGGACUACGCUGACACCAGACCAACCUAGUGAUACAUCAAAUUCAACCAGUAUGAGUGAAGAUUCCAAAACAAAAGAGGACAAGAAUAAUUCACUUGGUGAGUGGGAAGCACAUACUCGAGGGAUUGGUUCCCGAUUAUUAGCCAGCAUGGGCUAUCCAGGUUAUGGUGGACUUGGUCGCUGUAAUCAAGGUCGCCAGUUUCCUGUUUGUACUAAUCUUGAAAAGUAUCAAGUUCACAAUGCCAAAUGGAAUCAUCGACCUUCUUUAGACAGCGUUAUAUUACCUCAAAAAUGUAUCAGAGGUGUUGUAUCUUCCGAUCGAAAAGCCAAAGAGAAGUCUUCUAAUACUUCUAAUAACAAAGCUGAUUCGCAUAGUGGAAGUGUUUUUAAUUUGAUUAACAUGGCAUUGCUGUCCAACAGUGGUAAUAAUGAUCACAUGUCUAUCAACGUUAGUAGCUCAAAGAAUACUUUGACUGCACAGACAUCUUUUACAAAUUGUAAUGAAAAUGUGUUGAAACGCAGACUGUUUCAUACACAUGAGCAAAUAAAUAAAAUCCACAAUCAAAUUUUCAAAGCGCAAGAGGCUGUAAAACGAAAUGAAGGUCGGGAUCGUCUAGCUGCUAAACAGGCACAACAAAGAGUGGAUGAUUUGCAGUUAAAGUUAACCCAGUUAAAGGAAAGUGAACGAACUAUUGUAAAUAUGCAGAAUAAACAGAUGAAGGAGAAGAAACUACGCAUAUUUUGAGCAUCUGUUGCUGAUACAUUCACACAUGGAAGUAAUUCACAUGUUCUAUCUGACUUAUUGUAUGAGGACCGCUCUUUGAUGAUGUAUGGAUGUAAAUAAGUUACUCUUCAUGUCAUAUAUAUAUAUAUAUAUAUAUAUAUAUAUAUAUAUAUAUAUUUUUCAAAAUGAAUUGUUUUUUUGCUUGAAAUUUAUCAACCUGUAUUUAUU